AGUUCGCCACGUGCAGUAAGUUGCACGUCGUCUCCAGCUCCAAGCUCCAAGACAAAUUAUUCAUUCAAGUGAACGGUGGAUCUCUUCUUCGAAGUGCAGUGUUUCCAAUGCGUGCUAUUGUUUUCUUUUUGCCUCAUUUUGGCUAAAACUAAAAACUAACGAUCGAUAUGGUGAAGUCAAUCUCGAGAAAAGCAAUGACGAAACACACACACACACACGCAGAGUUGGCACAUGGUCGCGAGAACAGACGUUAAAUCAUCGGAGAAGAGAGUAGCAGCAGGACAAACAAUCGGAAAAUCGAUCCAACAAGUCGUCUCGCCUCGUUUCAAUCACGUGGAGCAGUGGGCUGACUUUGUGAACUGCUUUUUAACACGAGUUCCUUUUUAACGUCGAGGUUUUUUCUUUUCUACCCGUCAUUUUCCGUCGUCCACAUUUUUCUUUUAAAAUUUUGGUCGACAACAACUUUCAAACUAUGGUGAAAGUGAACGCUCUGCUGGUGAACGCCCAUUUUGAUCCUGACAACUGGCCAUCAAAGAAAACCGCCGAGCGCCAUCCCGGGCCCACGCACUUGCUUUUCUCCCCCCUGCCAUCAUCAUUAUCGAGAGGGAUAUGAUGAUCGUUUGCACGAUCGAAAGUUGCGACUAUUCGUCGUCGGCGUACAAUCGGGAAAAAAAGGAGACCAUGUCCGCGCUAAAGGGGCCGAUGGAUUCGAUGGAUGCACGAAUGAUAGGCCCGUGAAAAAAUAGGACGAGGGAGUGGCCGGCAGUGGAGGCCAUUAACUUCUUGGCAUCACAAUACAAACGGUGAAUGACGAUUUUUGUCUCUCCACACACACAGCCCCCCCGGACAAACAAAAGUAAAGAAUCGUGAGGACACGCCGGUCGAGAAGUGGAAAUAAAAACCCCCCAAAAAGUUCGCUGACCUCACCGAAAAGUGUAGCGAGGAAGAGGAGGCUUCAGUGGAAGUCAGCGCGCCAACCCUACCCUGUGUCUCUCUACGGUUAUUUAGCCCCUACCUCUACCAAGAAAACGGCUGGUAACUCAGUCUGCAUCUGACCGGCAAAUUGGCUCGUAUUGAUUUUACUUCUUCGUGUCGUGUCGUUGUGUCUCUUCUACCUCGUUCACGCUGCCAGGCCACUGACUCGUCCAAGGAAACUACCCAAUACAAGUUUUGAAUUGGACUGUUUCGCUGAAUAGCCUGUCGCUCACGCUCCCGACUCUUUUUCUUCUUCUCCGACUGUGAAAAAUCGUGAUUGUGGGAUCCAGCAAAUCAGAAAAAAGGGGGGGUAGCCAAGAUUGUGAACUUUUCAUUUUUCUUGAAUUAAAGAAAACAAAAACACACACACAUUUGCAAAAAUGGCCACUUCGGAUAUUGUUGGAUUUUAUCGUGAUCGUUCCGUAUUCAUUACCGGCGCCACGGGAUUUAUGGGCAAAGUCCUCGUAGAGAAACUUCUACGAUGCUGCCCAGGCGUCAAAACACUCUACCUUUUGAUGAGGCCCAAAGCGGGCAAUGACAUCCGCACACGUUUGGAAGAACUCAUCAGCACCAAGGUAUUUGACAAUCUUCGACGGGACUCACCGGAGCUGAUGAACAAAUUAGUGCCCAUCGCCGGUGAUAUGUCGUUGCCAAGUUUGGGCGUCUCUGCCACGGAUAUUAAAAUGUUAAGCGACAAUGUCUCCAUUGUCUUCCACUCGGCGGCCACCGUCAAAUUUGACGAAGCGCUUAAAAGCGCCGUCGAGAUGAAUCUGAAAGGAACAAUGCGACUUAUCGAGCUUGUCCGCAAACUGGAACGCCUUGACGCUCUCGUCCACGUUUCGACAGCCUACGCCAAUUGCGAUAAAGAUGAAAUCGCUGAAAUGAUUUACCCGCCACCGGCCGAUCCACACAAGUUAAUGGAAUGUGUCGAUUGGAUGGAUGAAGAAUUACUGAAGGGCAUCACUAAAAAAUUGAUUGGCAAACGCCCCAAUACUUACACGUACACAAAAGCGCUGGCCGAGCACCUUCUAAUGGAAGAAUGCGGUGGUAUUCCACUGGCCAUCGUUCGACCGACUAUUGUAACAGCCGCCAUGAAAGAACCGAUUCCCGGCUGGGUUGACAAUCUCAACGGACCAACAGGUUUGAUCGCCGGAGCUGGUAAAGGUCUACUUAGGACGCUGUGGUGCCAUACAACGAUGGUUGCCGAUGUCAUUCCCGUCGAAUUCCCCAUCAAUUUGAUGAUUGCUGUUGCUUGGCACACUGCCACACACAAACCCAACAACAUAAUAGUAUACAAUUGCGCCUCCGGCUACCACAACCCACUGACCUGGGGAGAAAUUGAACGUCAAGGGCGAGUAGCUCUGCUCAAGUACCCCAUGAGUGACGUGCUUUGGUACCCCAGCGGUAGCUUCAAAAGUAACCUCACCCUGCACAAGAUUGAUGUCGUGUUGUAUCAUUACUUGCCCGCCUACUUCCUCGAUUUUCUGGCUCGGAUGAGUGGUAAUCCCGCCAUGCUGGUUCGCCUUUACGAUAAAGCCCAUCGCGCCAUGUCGUGCCUCAACUAUUUUACAACUCACGAAUGGCGAUUCAUCAGUGAGAACCCCAUCCAAUUGCUGGAGAAGAUGUCACCCGAGGACCGACGCGUCUUUUACUUUGACGUUCGCACCAUCGAUUGGCCUUCCUACAUUGAAACUUAUGCCCUUGGCACUCGCCGUUUCAUCCUUAAAGACGACCCCAGCACCUUGCCGGCUGCUAGGAGGCACAUGACACGGAUGUAUUGGAUUCAGCAAAUAUCACGCGUUGCCAUAUUGCUGCUCUUCUGGAGGGCCGUCGUUUCACGUUCAGAGACGGCCCGUCGUGUUUGGAACCUGGCCUUCACCAUGCUCGUUUCGAUGAUGCGGCGGAUGUCUGCCGGCGCCGGAAUUGGAAUCGCCAAGUAAAAAAAAAAAAGACUAAAAGGGGAAAAAUAGAAAAUGGAUCGUGUGCAAAAGGGCGACAUUUUGUUUUUGCCGUUUGCCAAUCCUUUGGUUAUUAGAGAGAAAAGGCUUAAGGCAAAUUUUUUUUUCAAAAUCUUUUAUCUAUUACCCUUUUCCCAAUUUAUUUUCUCUUAUCUACCAAGAGUCUGAUAUUUGGCUCACUCUAUGCAUCACGAACAAAUUUUUUAAAAAGAAACACAAAAAUAGUUAUGUCUCUAAAUAAUAAUAAGUCUUGGAUUUACCUGUAUUGGAAGAAAAUAUCCCUCUGAUGGAUGUUUUUGCCCUCCAUGUCACCAUCUUGACUUUUCUACAUGUCUCUUAUAUUCACGUGUGAGUGUUUUGUGAAUGUGAAGUAUGGUUGUGCCCAGCAUUUUUAUCCGAAUUGUCUGAUUUUUCAAGAAAAAAAGAAGACGUGAAAAAAAGGACGAAGAAAAAAGCCGAGAUAUGUCCAAAGCCAGCGUUGACGUCAACAACUCCUCAACUCCUUCCAAAGCAGUUUCGAUGUCGAUAGCUCCAAUUAAAUAGAAUUUAUGUUUUUAUACCCCUCAAACUUCCUCCAACCUCCACUCAUCUUGAUGACCAAAUAUUUUUUGGGCUUCAAUUAGAAAAAAAGCCUUUGCACUGAAAACGAAUAAAACAAAAAGAGUUUCAGAUAUUUAGACAGAAAAGACAACAGUUUUUCCCUCCACACAAUUUGCACAAGAAGUUAAGGAUGUUGAUGGAGAAAAACAUUCAACGAUAAUUAAAGAAUGUGUACAUAUAGAGCGAGCCAUAACGAAAUGGAGGAAUGGGGUCAGCAUUCUAAUUGGCUCUAUUUCCUUUUUUGUUUUGCAAUAAUGUGUCUUUUUAACAAUAUGUAUUGCUUUUAUUAUUAAUUGUCUAGCCAUUUGUCUCUCCCAUUUCCCCCCUUAUCAUCGUUUGCUCAAAGAGUUUUUUUUUCUGUCCGAUUGUGCUCAUAAUCGUUUCGUCUCGCACUUUAUUACGUCUUUGUAUUCCCCAUAGAGGUCCGUUUGGCUCAUAAGCUGCUAGAAAACGACAAGCUGCUAUAAGCACGUCCACAGUUAUAUAAGAGAAUUCAAUGGUAAUAUCGUCAUUGCGAUUUUACGCAUCCCUCCGCCUGUACGUCAACAAGAAACAUUCCAAUCUAACGAUAUAUAUCAGAAACCUUCCAAAAUUUUGAGAUUACGUGGUUAGCACAUUACUGCAAGUCAGGGUUUUGUCUCUUUCUAUAUUUCACUUCUUGGCAUUUUUCUUCACUACUCUUUUUAUCAUCACCUUUUUUCUAAGGCCUCAUAUUUUAUUACUUCUAAACAGACAAACAAAAAAGAAGGUUAAACGGCUCAUUCAAUGUGUACAUUUGUGUAACUGAAAUGUGCGAAUGUCAUCUUUGAGCGUGGCUGCUUGAUCAGUGUCGCUGUUCCAAUCUCCCAGGAUCGUUUCUGCCACCCAAGCGCACCUCGGGUUAGGGAUAAAAGUCCGGCAACUUUUUUGAAAUUUUGCUUUGCUUUCUAAAUCCCGUGUUACUUUACUGAUUUGGGCUGCAAUACUUUUAACGGACAAUCUGCAGAUCGAUAGAAAACUUGAAUCGUUGAAUGUGUUAAUUGCCAGAUUUUUGUUUCGGACUGGCGUAUAAUUUAUUGUUCGCUAUUGUCAGCGGCCUUGUUGCUAUGAUUUUUUUCCCAUUCAAAAUUUUGUUUAGAUUUGAAUUUUUCAUUUGUUGUGUGACUGUGGCCCUUGCCUAGUUUUUAUCCGUCAGUGUGCUUCUUGAGUUUAAAAUUCGAGUGCUAGAAUUGGUAUUUGCGUGUAACUGGGAAAAGUUAUGUUUUUAUUUUACCACCCAAAAAAAAUGAUACGAGAUGGUUCGUUUUUCUUUGCACUGCGCUCAUUGAUAGUUCGACAUCUUCAUCCCUUUCUGCUCUUCCCAAACUGAAUCGGUUGGUGUAGAUCACAGACAGUUUAAUACAAAUAUAUACAGUU